GCCUCGCGGGCGGCGUGAUUGUUAUUGUCCCGCCGAAACCGAGCAAAGCACGCUGGGACUUGUAGUCCUUGCUGCUUUCUUCCGUAGGUGCUCCGCGCUUUUCUGUCCGGUCCCGCCUAGUCUCUGCUCCCUUUAACCUUUAGGCUUGACUUGUCCUGUUUGAACACCAGGAAGUUGAUAAAUCUUCAGACCGGCUGCUGAGAGACGGUGGCGCGGGUGGGACAGUCGCCAGGGAUGGCGGAGCGUGAGGAUGGAUCGGGUGUCUGGGCUGCUCUCCUGGACGCUGAGCAGAGUCCUGUGGCUCUCGGGCUUCUCUGAGCGGGGAGCUGCCCGGCAGCCCCGGAUCAUGGAAGAAAAAGCGCUAGAGAUUUAUGAUUUGAUUCGAACUAUCCGGGACCCAGAAAAGCCCAAUACUCUAGAAGAACUGGAAGUGGUAACGGAAAGUUGUGUGGAGGUUCAGGAGAUAAAUGAAGAAGACUAUCUGGUAAUUAUCAAGUUUACACCAACAGUACCUCAUUGCUCUCUGGCAACUCUUAUUGGGCUGUGUUUAAGAGUAAAACUUCAGCGGUGUUUACCGUUUAAACACAAGUUGGAAAUCUACAUUUCUGAAGGAACCCACUCAACAGAAGAAGACAUCAAUAAGCAGAUAAAUGACAAAGAGCGAGUGGCAGCGGCCAUGGAAAACCCCAACUUACGGGAAAUUGUGGAACAGUGUGUCCUUGAACCUGACUAAUAGCUGUUCUAAGAGCCACCAAACUGUAAUUGAUACAUUUGUUUAAACUCUUUGUAUAGUAUGAAAGAUUCAUGUUUAAUACAUAGGUGAUUUAUACCUUGAAACAUUUUUUUAAAUAAUUAUUUCCAAGCAAAAUUUACUUAUAAGGUAGUACCUAAUUUGUUCAGUGUUUAACAUUCUCAGGAUUUGUAACAUUUAAAUGAUCAGACAGAAUAAUAUUUUCUAGUUAUUAUGUGUAAGAUGAGUUGCUAUUUUUCUGAUGCCCAUUCUGAUACAACUACUUUUCAUGUCAAAUAUCUGUGUGCCCAAAUACAUCAAUUUAAAUCAUUACUCUGUAAAAUAAAUAAAUGAUGAUUCUUA